AUGGUUGCUAGAUUAUUCGCUAAUACUACCAGAACCGCUUUGAAAGCUGUCAAGGCAAGCUCGGCCUUCCAGAGGGGUCUUGCUACAGCUGCGCUAGCUAAAGGUGAGGUUACUGCCGUUAUUGGUGCCGUCGUCGAUGUCAAGUUCCAACCAGGCCAAUUGCCACCUAUUUUGAAUGCUUUGAGGAUGGAUAACCAAGGUAACAAGUUGAUCUUGGAGGUGUCUCAGCAUUUGGGUGAGAACACUGUUAGAACCAUUGCUAUGGAUGGUACUGAGGGUUUGGUUAGAGGUCAAGAAGUUAUUGAUACUGGUGGCCCUAUUUCUGUCCCAGUCGGUAGAGGUACCUUGGGUAGAAUCUUAAACGUUAUCGGCGAUCCUGUCGACAACAGAGGUCCUGUUGAUUGCAAGGAGAGAAAGCCAAUUCACGCUGAUCCCCCUGCUUUUGUUGAACAGUCUACUGAGGCUCAGGUUUUGGAGACCGGUAUCAAGGUCGUCGACUUAUUGGCCCCUUACGCUAGAGGUGGUAAAAUUGGUUUGUUCGGUGGUGCCGGUGUGGGUAAGACAGUGUUCAUUCAGGAAUUGAUUAACAAUGUUGCCAAGGCUCAUGGUGGUUUUUCUGUGUUCACCGGUGUUGGUGAGAGAACCAGAGAAGGUAACGAUUUGUACAGAGAAAUGCAAGAGACUGGUGUCAUUAAUUUGGAUGGAGAGUCCAAGGUCGCAUUGGUUUUCGGUCAGAUGAACGAGCCUCCUGGAGCUAGAGCUAGAGUUGCCUUAACUGGUUUGACUAUUGCUGAGUACUUCAGAGAUGAAGAGGGUCAGGAUGUCUUGUUGUUCAUCGACAACAUUUUCAGAUUCACUCAGGCCGGUUCCGAGGUGUCUGCCUUGUUAGGUAGAAUUCCAUCUGCUGUUGGUUACCAACCAACUUUGGCCACCGAUAUGGGUUUGUUGCAAGAAAGAAUUACCACCACCAAAAAGGGUUCUGUUACCUCUGUCCAGGCCGUUUACGUUCCUGCUGAUGAUUUGACCGAUCCGGCUCCGGCUACCACUUUUGCUCACUUGGACGCCACCACUGUCUUGUCUAGAGGUAUCUCCGAGUUGGGUAUCUACCCUGCCGUUGAUCCGUUGGAUUCCAAGUCUAGAUUACUAGAUGCCGAUGUUGUCGGUCAAGAACAUUAUGACGUUGCAACUCAUGUCCAAGAGACUUUGCAGGCUUACAAGUCCUUGCAAGAUAUUAUUGCCAUUUUGGGUAUGGAUGAAUUAUCUGAACAAGAUAAGCUUACCGUUGAGAGAGCCAGAAAGAUUCAAAGAUUUUUGUCUCAACCAUUCCACGUUGCUGAGGUCUUCACUGGUAUUCCAGGUAAGUUGGUCAAGUUGGAGGAGACCGUUCAGUCUUUCAAGGCUGUUUUGGAAGGUAAAUACGAUAACAUCCCAGAGGCUGCCUUCUACAUGGUUGGUGGUAUUGAGGACGUUAUUGCCAAGGCUGAGAAGUUGGCUACAGAGGAAGACUAA